GCCGGCCCCGGAUCCUCUUAGCGGCUCUCUGUCGCCGAUGCAGCCGCUGAAGGGAGACGCAGGCCGGCGGAGAGACCGCGGAUCACCGGUGCGGCGGAGCGGCUUGUUUCCUGAUUCGACCCGAGUCAAUCUCACGAAAAAUUACCUAAGAAGACGAUGAAAAAUAACGUCAGCAGCACUCAAGUCAGUGUAAAGCGACGCUCCUGGUCUUGGAAGAUCUACCUUAACGAACAGGAAGCUGAGGCUGCUCCUUCUGCUCUGUUCACACAGUCCCAGUCCUUUCCCAGUAAGAGAAAUGGUUUUAAAGUUGGGAUGAAGCUGGAGGGCGUCGACCCGCUGCACCCGUCCAUGUUCUGUGUGCUGACGGUCGCAGAGGUGAUUGGCGGUCGGCUGCGUCUCCAUAUCGACGGGUUCUCUGAGUGCUAUGACUUCUGGGUAAAUGCUGACUCAGCAGACAUCAGACCGGCGGGCUGGUGUCAAGACCACAACCACAAGCUCCACCCACCUAAAGGUCACAGUGAGACAGACUUUGACUGGCAGGUCUACCUUCAGUCCACAGGCUCUCAUGCUGCUCCGCCCACCUUGUUCACCUGUCUGCCUGCAGCCUGUGGGGUGGGGAUGGGGAUGAAGAUGGAGGCGGUCGACAGGAAGAACCCUGGACUCGUCUGCGUCGCCUCCGUCGCCUCCGUCAUCGAAGAUCGAGUCCGGGUUCACUUCGACAACUGGGACGACACGUAUGACUACUGGUGUGACAGCAGCAGUCCUUACAUCCAUCCUAUUGGCUGGUGUGAGGAGCAGGGACGACCUCUGACCGCCCCCCAGGGUCAUCCGAACCCAGAGAACUUCCUGUGGGACGAAUAUCUGCAGGAAACUGGAUCCAGCGCUGCUCCGAGGUCGUGGUUCACCCAGAGAGCUCCACAUGGUUUCCAGGUGAACCACAGGUUAGAAGCCGUGGACAAGAGGAACCCUUUGUUGAUCCGAGUUGCCACGGUAACGGAUACAGAAGACUUCAUGGUGAAGGUUCAUUACGAUGGCUGGUCGUCACAGUUUGACGUCUGGUGUGACAGCGACCUCUGUGACCUGCAUCCUGUCGGCUGGUGUCAACGCACUGGACACCCACUGGAACCGCCCCCAGGUCAGACAGACGGGUCAAAGAGAGAGAGAGACACAGGUCCCUCCCCCUCUCAGGGGGAGUGUCCCACUGCAGGAUGUCGAGGAGUUGGACACAUCAAAGGACCCAAGUACACAGGACACCACAGUGCGUUUGGUUGUCCAUACUCGGACAUUAAUAUGCGUAAGGAGGCGGGGCUUCCUGACAGGCUGGGACGAGAGAGCGUCGUCGCCCUGCAUCAGCCAGACAGGAGACAUUUUCAGGUGAAGACGGAGCCAAGAGAAGAUUCUCUGCCACUUCCACUGGGCAAGAGAAGAAGACAGACAGACAGAUUGCCUCAGCCAACCAAAUUCCUCUGUGUGAAACCGGAAGAGGAGGAGCUUCACCUGAGAGGACCAGAGUCCAGCCUGCAGGCCGUUCUCCACCAUUCUGUCUUCCUGUCGGCCAUGUCGCCUCAGCCGGGUCGAGACCUGUCGCUCUGCUGGGAGCAACACGGGAAACUGCUGCCGGGCGUCGAGGGAGUUCAGAGGGAGAGAGUGAGACACUGGACUGUCCAACAGGUGUCAGAUUUCGUGGAGUCUCUCCCCGGCUGUGAGAAACAGGCGAUACAGUUCAGAGAAGAGCAAAUCGAUGGGCGGGCCUUCCUUCUCCUCACCCAGCAGGACAUUGUGAGGAUCAUGUCAAUCAAACUCGGUCCCGCCGUCAAGAUUUACAACUCCAUCCUUAUGUUCAAACACGCUCAGGUCGAGAACCAAUCACACGCUGAGGUCGGGAGCCAAUCAAAUGCUGAAGUCGGGUACCAAUCACAUGCUGAGGUCGGGAACCAAUCACACGCUGAGGUCGGGAACCAAUCACAUGCUGAGGUCGGGAACCAAUCACACGCUGAGGUCGGGAACCAAUCACACGCUGAGGUCGGGAACCAAUCACAUGCUGAGGUCACGAGCCAAUCACACGUUGAGGUCGGGAACCAAUCACACGCUGAGGUCGGGAGCCAAUCACAGGAGCCAAUCACAAGCUGAGGGCACAGAUAACUGUAGAUAACAAUUGUUGACUCCUCCUCCACAUCAAAAGCCCCUCCCCUAUCCAUAGGAGGAACAAAUCAUCAGGCAGAUUUAACUUUGUGAUGUCACAACAAUGAUCUCAGGUGUGUGGAGUCAUCUCCUGAGCUCCACUUUAGGCUCUGCCUACUUUUAGGGGCUUAAUGCAGGACUCGUAUCUAAGGCUGUGUCCGAAAUCACCCACUCAUUCACUCCCCCCUACUCAUUAUAAAGGGAAUUCGUUGUAGUUGCUAUAGUCACUCACCAGCUACGAUUUCGGACACUACUUGAGUCGCGUUGGUUAUUACGUUUUUGUCGCAGGAUUAUGACGUAACUACAACGACGCCGGCUGGUUGGCGAUCCUAUUAUAUUUAAAUUAUUUAUUUAACACUUGUAUUAAUACUUAUUAGUAACACACAUUGAAUGGUUUGUUUAAAUAAAGGAACAUAUAUAUUCCUACGUAUCUGUUGUGGUGCGCUGCUCUGUUCUUAUAUUAUUUUAGCACCACAAAUCACAUUUCUCCUUCCUGCUAAACAAAACCAAAAAAACAAACUAUCAAAAUACUAACAAAACUGCUCUAGCUUGUCUCCGCAAAUACCCGCAAAUAUCAACUUGUCCGUGUCUAUUUUCACCAUUUUUCAAUGGUUUUUGACAAAAAUUAGCGAAAUAGAGCAAGAAGAGAGAGAAGGCUGAGACGUGUUGCUGCUGCGAGACACGCUCGAGCUGCACCGCCGUCGUCUCGUCCCUCCGCCGUUUAUCGGCGCAGCGAGCGCAAUGCAUCAUGGUAUAUAUUGCUCGGUUAGUGACGAUGGGAUGUCCACUACUUGUCACGAUGCAUUCUGGGAUACAAUCAGUGCACUAAAUAGGGUAUAUGAAAUUUCACUAAGAAUUCGGACACCACUACAAAAUGGCGAAGGCAAUAUAUAGUGCACUAUAUAGCAGUUAGGUGGAGAUUUCGGACACAGCGUAAGAGUCACCAAAACAAGAACGAGUGUACGAAGGAUUGUGGGAUGUUGAGGCCCUAAGGAGAAAACUGGCCAGGUGGGUAAUGAGGAGGAGCCUCUCAGUGCGUUAAACUCAACAACUGAGCCAGAAAGAGUUUAUUAGUUAUUCUGUUUUUUCUGAAAUAUAUUUUUAUAAACUACAAAACCAAACAAAGCUUUGACCAAAGACAAACACGCUUCUGCUGAUUCUUCUUCUGUGAAAAGAUUCUGUCGUCAUGAGAAAGAUCUUAAAAUUGUUUUUAGAAAGUUAAUAUAUGAUAUAUAUAAUAUAAUAAAAAUCCUGAAUCUGAAUUCUGAAAUAUGUCGCAUCUACAAGAAAGUCUUGAAUUAAUUAAUUAUACAAGGAUUUUUUUUUUUAUCAGAACUAUCAAAUGAUAAGAAACAUCAGACUGUGGCUCCGCCCCCACUCUGAUGACAUAAUUUCCUGCUUCGUUGUCAUCACGACAUUCGAAUGUUUAACGUUAAACGUUGACAUCAUCCUUCUCCACUGUGAUUGGUCGUCUACUGUGUUUCUAUAGAUUCUAUUUUAAUGUUUCCAUAUAAAUAUGAAUUUGUAUCUCAGUCUUCCCAGACUCCUCCCCCUCUGUGAUGGAAGAGCUAGGAACGGGGCAUAUGUUCCCUAGGGUUUCCAUGGUAACAGCUGAUGAGUUGGAAUGUCCGGGUUGUUUUCUGUCAGUGUUUGAUGGGAUCAAUAAAGUUUCUGAUCAUUGA